ACUUCCCGUCUAACCGCAGCCAAGGAAGCCUCUUGUGAGUGCAACACUUAGUAAAACCGUUUUCUUUUCGCUUUUUUCGCCAUUGGUCCCCGAAUCUUUGUACCGGUUUUCAAACAAGUUGAAACCGUCCAAAUAUGAACUAUUUUUCACCUAAUUAUAAUCAGUGCGCACUUCAUGUUCACAUUACAUACAUGAAGAAAUUUCACCAUAUAGUUCUUGCCAAGUACGGAGACAUAAUUAUACCUACUUACUUCUUGUGUAAUCAAAUCUGAUUUUUAAAAGUGCGGUUGCGGUUUAAAAAAAGUAUCUUAGUAAAUUUAUAACAUAUUCAGCUGAUCGCUUAUAGCUUCAUGAAUUUCUGAUCGUUUUGGGAAAAAGUAGGUACUUAUCUACUUCAUCGCAAAAGUAUAUCUACUUAAGCUUUUGGAAGUUUCCUCUCAAAAUUGGUGAGAGUGUGUCGGCGCGGGCGUGAAAAUCAGUGUUAAUUGAGUCAUCAAAUUUAUUAUUGGGCAGAACCCACCUGUACGGAACGACAUGAAUCAGGACAACUGCAAACUUUUAAUGAAAUUUUCCUCAACCACCCCACAAGUUGUGGUUUCAAAUCAAAAUGAGGACACUCACAGAAGACAAAGGCCGUUUAAACAGCAAGAUUUCAAUACUGUGUACCAGUAUUCAAAACUCAACAAAACAGGUGUUUUACAAAAGAUUUCAAACAAAGGGAGCAAAUGUUGUGAAAGCCCAUGUAAUUUACUAUUGUCAAUCUUUCCAAUUUUUCAAUGGUUACCUAAGUACAACUGGCGAUCUGAUUUUUCUAAAGAUGUAGUCUCUGGUUUGACUGUUGGUAUUCUUCAUAUUCCUCAAGGGAUGGCAUACUCUAGCUUAGGAGGAGUUCCUCCAAUUACUGGUUUAUACAUGGCCUUCUUUCCAGUUCUACUGUAUGUUCUGAUGGGCACGUCUAGGCACAUUUCCAUGGGUACAUUUGCUGUGGUAUGCAUGAUGACUAGUAAGCCUGUUUUUAAGUACGCAACUUUUCCGUCUUCCGACCAUACCUCAGAAGAUACUGCAGGUUUAACUCCAGUUCAAGUUGCAAGUGCAGUUUGUCUGAUAGUUGGAAUUUGGCAGAUUUUAUUCGGAAUUUUUCGCCUUGGAUCUUUGAGUGUUUUAAUGUCUGAAACAUUGGUCAGCGGUUUCACAACUGGUGCUGCAAUCUUAGUUCUUACUUCUCAAGUUAAGCAUCUUUUUGGGAUACCUUUGAAAACAAGAGUAGGGAGUCUAAAAGUGGUUUACACUUAUAGGGAUCUGUUCAACAACAUCCAUCUAACCAAUUUCUGGACCCUGGGAAUGGGAUUAAUUGUUGCUUCUCUUUUAUACUUUUACCAACAAGUGAUUAAGCCUCGGGUCAGUAAGCACAUUCCAGUCCCGAUUCCAACAGAAUUGAUUGCAAUAAUUUCUGGCACUCUACUGUCAAAGCACUUAAAUUUACCUUCAACUUAUGGUAUAAAGGUUGUCGGUGAUAUUCCUCUUGGUUUACCAGAUCCCAGUCCACCCCCUGUUUGGCUUCUUCCAAAUUUAGUCAUUGAUGGUUUAGUCAUUGCCAUUGUUGCCUUCUCGGUCAACAUUUCCAUGGCUUUUAUAUUUGCUCGUAAAUUAAAAUAUGAUGUUGACCCGAAUCAAGAGCUCAUUGCCUCGGGUUGCUCCAAUAUUUUUGCAUCCUUUUUUUCGUGCAUUCCAUUCGCUGCAUCGCUGUCUCGGAGUGUUAUUCAGCAAACUGUCGGAGGGAAGACGCAACUAGCAAGUGUUGUAUCAUGUAGUUUCCUAAUUCUUAUUCUUCUAUUCAUCGGACCAUUUUUUGAAGAUCUUCCUUACUGCGUACUUGCAGCCAUUGUUCUUGUGUCAAUGACGGGUUUACUCGUGCAGUUCAAAGAUUUGUUUACCAUCUUCGGUCAAUCAAAAUCUGAUGGACUCAUAUGGUUUACAACAUUCAUUUCGGUCGUACUCCUUGAUAUCGAUUAUGGGCUUGUGAUAGGAGUUGUCAUUUCCUUGGUUUGUGUCAUAAUAAAGAGUCAAAAAGUCAUUGUCUCUAUUCUUGGCAACAUCCCUGAAACUGAUAUGUAUGUUGAACUAGAAAGAUAUGAGGCUGCGGUGCAAGUACCAGAAACUAUGAUUUUGCAGCUAACCGGUGGCCUUAAUUUUGCAAAUAUUGAUAGUUCAGUACAAAAGAUCAUAAAAAAAAUUAAUAAUUUUAAGAGAUUUAACAAGGUUCAAAAUGUUGUCUUAAAUAUGGCUUCAGUGUCCUAUAUUGAUAGGGUCUCAACUAUUGGCUUGUUGAAUUUAACAAAAGAGCUGAAAGGAGAAGGAAUCUUCAUGUAUCUUGCUAGUGUCUCUGAUGCUGUGGGCUCCACUUUGGACAAAUGUGGAUUUUUCAAAGAGUUUUCUGAAACUUAUGUAUCUCCCUCUGUUCAUGAUGCCAUUCUAUUUAUUCAGCUAAGCUCUCAAUGAAAUCAAAUCUUUUCUUCUUUGCCUUUAUUCACUGUGAUAUUCAUCAUUGCAAGCAAUGAUACCUUAUUGAUUCCACUCGGUAGUAUCAAAGUAUAUGUAAGGUGCUCUAAGGUUUUUGCAACUCUGCGUAAGUCAAUGUAUUUUUCUAUCUAUUGUCUUCAUCUUUAUUUUUUUUAUUUAUUUCCUUUCAUGUGUGUUUAUAAAGUAUACAUUAAGGACGAACAAUAUGAAAUAAUAUUUUGACCGUACAAAUUAGGUUGCCUAUUAUCGAAGAUAUUGUCUAGUUUUGAUUUGGAUCUGACCUUUAGGUAGGUUGGGGGAGCAGAAAGUUUGAAAACGCUGAACAUUUGCUGCAAUCUUGCGGUUUUUACCUCUUGGUAUAAUUUUUCUUUUGCUUUACUUCUUGAAGCAAAAAAGAAAAAGGUCAUAAUUUUUUUUAAAUUGCCUGACGUUCAUCAUGAUCCAACAGUAAUUUUCCCUCAAUUUUGUGCAGGUUCUAGUUAUUCCGAAGCGUAAUAUCCUACUUCAUUGUGAUCAAAGUUUUCAAUCAGAUAGAUAACAAUUUUUAUCUAUGUCUCAGUUCAACUGCCAAAUGCAAAUAUUGCAAUACCUGAUUUUGUAGCAUCGAACAAAGAUCGCCGCUUUUCCGCACAGCCAAAAAUCUAUGUCAUGGCUAAUCAUUCAGACUUUUGGGAAUAUCAUUUACAAGUUUUUUGUUGGUCAAAUCAGGCUCAUCAAUGGAUCAUCGAUCACAUUUUGGGAACUGCUGUGUGGGAGCAAUUAUGUUAGAUUUUUAAUAUUCACCUUUGACGCUUGUAAUAAAAAAUAUAACAAUUGACUUCAACUCCAUCAGAGAAGUGUAUGUUGAGAGUGUGAAGUUAGUUGUAAGUAUGGUGAUAGGGUUGUAGAUCAAGAUCUGAAAUCUUCAAAAUAUUGGGUAUUUUUCUGGUUUUUUUUUGUAAGUAUCUUUCAUGAUUUUAAAUUUGUUCAUUUUUGGACUUUGUAUUUUAUUUUCAUUGUGACUUUUAAUCUUGUGAUAUUGUUGUGCAUGGAGAACUUGUUAUUCAUUUCAUCAUUUGAGCCUCUUUAAUCAGAGACUGUUAUCUGUAUCAGUCUUAACAUUUCAGUAUCUUAACCUAUGUAGGGAGUAGGUUUAUAACCUAAGAGGGAAAAUGGAGCAAAGUCAAGCAGUUAAGGAACUGGAAGUAGUUAGGGGAUGUUUCCAAAGUUUCUUUAGAGGUGCAAAAAGAAAUAACAAAUUGAAUCACUAUCAAUUUAAAGAAAAGAUUACUUGAUAAGGUACAAUACAAGCGCUCUGAAAAACGGUCCAUCUUCAAAAUUUCACACAGAAAACAAUUUGUGCAACAAAAAUUACUGAAAUUAACUCUAAACCAAGAUAACAACGUUUUUAUUUAACAUGAGUCCUGAAAAGUUUGAAUUUCCCGCUCACAAGGAAAACAAGAGUCUUCUUGCAGUUACUUGAAGUAAACAGCGCUCCACAACGGUUUUGGUAGGUUUUUCUAUCGGGCAGUGUUCCCUCCUCAUCCUUUGUUGUUCAAAGUGUGAAUAACAAGCAAUAGCUGAGCUGAAGUGUCAAGAUUGAGGCUGCCAUAUGUAUUUUCACUCGGCAGAGACUGUGUAGAUGAUGUUCAGUGUGGGAUUUGACUCAAGUACACAGAUUAUUGUUUAUUCUAUGAGUGGGAAGUUCGAAUUUAAGAAUCAAAAAACGUUGAUAUCUCGGUUCGGAGUCAUUUUCAGAAACUUUCGUUGUACAAAUCGUGUUCUACAUGAAAUUUUGAUGAGGCUACAUUUAUCCAAAUGCUUAAAUUGGCACCUUUUCUGAUGGUCCAUUGGCAGUUCCGUUCUGAAGAACUAAAACUAAAGUGCUACAAUAAAUCCUGCAGGUUUUAAUGCCGAAGGUUUCAUUUUUACCUCAGGUUUUUUUUUUAAUUUUUUUGUUUAUCUGGAAUCUGAUAUUAUAAAGUGCUUAAGUAAGUUUUUCUUAGCUACUUAUUAUGAUCUCCUUUUCAUGUAAUUUUCAAACCUUAAUCCUUGUAUCAUGUUGAGGGAUCUUCUGAUAGACUUUACUUCAACCAACGCCAAAAAUGAUACUUUUUUUCUCUAAAACUUUGCAUGAGCCCGUGAGCCGUAUAUCAAAGGUAUUGAGUAGUUGUAUCAGGAUUGCAAUGAAAAAUUUAUCUCAAGAAUACCCACAAAACGAAUUGAAUAGAAAAAGGAGGCAUUCGUUUGUCACUGACACUCUUAACAGUCAUCGUAUUACGAUUUCUCAACUUCUACCUUGUACUUAUUGCAUUUUUUUUUAAUCAGGUUUUUCUUUUUCAAGCUAAUUUUAGCCCAGGGCCAUUCAUAAAGCAUGCAAUGCUCGAGAAUGGAUAGAGUGUUAUGCCCUUUCGUUUUCCGAUGUCAAAGGAUAAGGGGCUAAAAUCUUUAGUUCAGUGUUAUGUAUUUUAUGAGCGGGUUUGAAGAUUCCCAGCAUUUUAUAACAAUUCCCUGCACAUUUUCUAGCUCUAAAAUUUCCUUUUUGUCGGAUUCUGCACUUGUGAACUGAUUAAUUGUUUCAUCGUUUCUCUAAUCUUUGGAAAAAACUACGAGUGUCAAUAAUUUUAUAAAGUUCCUUUCACAAGACCUACAUUUUCCUUGCCACUAAAAGCAACAGUUUGCAAUGCUGCAGCAAAUUUCUUACUAAUUGCUGUUGACCUUUCGACGUUUCAUUGUAGGAAUUUUAGAUCGUAAUUCGUAACUACGUGAUUCAAAUCCGCUCACAUUGUAGUUCACAUCUCCGGUGGAGGUCAACCAAAAAUUAAUCAGUGAAUUACUUCUGCCAUACUUUUAUGACUGCUUUCUUGUACUUGUAGCUCAAAAUUUGAUUGUAUAUUCUUGAGACAAUAUCUACCUCCUGCAAAUAAUGCACUGAUUCAAAAUGACUAAAAUGAAACUCAAAAAAGUCAUUUAUUGAAAUGAGUUUGGUACAUUUUGAAAAAUUGUUGAGCUCACUUCAUUUGGAUGAUGAAUUUAUACUAAAGAAGUCUAUUUGCAGCUGCAAUAACGGAUCCCAUGUGGACCCAUCUUUUUGGUGUGAAUGUGUCCAUCAUUUUAUACUUUCUUUUUUAUUCGACAAAUGUUCCCUGUGGUUUUAUUUUUGUUCUUGUUAUCUUUUUUCUCUUACAUUUUUGGUGUUCUGCGAAUUGAUUGAAAAUGAUGAUGAAGAAAAAACCAAUUAUCGUUGAAGCAAAA